AUGAAUGUGUUAGUAUUAGAUGUUUAUCGAGUGAUUUACUUGCUGGUUGGUUUGUGCUGGGUUUGGUGUAGUACAAGUAGUGAUUCUGAAGAAGUUUGUGCGCAUAGUGAGGAAUACGUGUUAUAUAGCAUCGAUGAAGCAGUGGGCCAGGUCGUGCAUUUGCUUGAGUUUCAUAUAAUCCAAGAGAAGCGAAUAUGCGAAAUCAAGAGCCAUAACAUACGCCAAUGUCUUGGUCAAGUAAUAGAAUCAAAAGAGACUAUCGACCAGGGGUUAAGCCAAACUGACAACGAUUGUUUCGGCCCAAUUAUGAAAGAGUACGAACGUAUAGUAGGUUACUCGCCAUCUCUAGUGGCCAGAGAAGUACUAAUACAUAAAAGUGUCGUGAUAAUAGCUCAUAAACUAUUAAGCUACAUAAAAGGCGGUCUCGAUGGUAAGUGUGUAUGUAACAAGAACCUUAUUGGAAUAUCAAAUAUAGUAGCUCAAGUGUCAGAACUGAAAACGAUUAAGCUUGAUCAUAGGACUCUAGAAACACAACUGAAAUCAAGCGAACUUAAGCGAACAGCAACAGAGAUAGAAGAAAAAAUAGCCAAGAUUGAAAUCAAAGUAAUCGACUUAGCCAAAGACUACGAUCUCGAUGCAUUCUACAUACGAUGGAACGAAGUCGAGGACGACGAAGAAGAACUAACUCAAUUACUGAAAAAGGACGGUCUUACAGCAAUACUCGAACUACUCCAAAAAUCGGAAGCAAUGGCAAGGAGCAAAACAUCUGAUGAUAUGCGGGAACUAGUAGCUGGUGUAGAAGCAGCUAUAUACGCUAUAAGGGCAAAAAUACAGGAAUUAGAGAGCGAUGAGAAACCCACAAGUAACAUUAGCAAAUCACACUGGGCGAUCUCCGAAACGAUAUCCCAACAGAAGAGACAUAAAGACAAAAGGGCCCUAAAAAUAGCUUAUCUUAAGUCCCUAAAAUCACAACUAUUCAGCAUAAUGGACCAAUUAAAUAACUCCCAAGUAAGUUAUCUUACAAUUUGCAGUAAGGAAUCAAAUAGCAUUCGAUACGAUCUAUCAACUUGUGAUUCCAAUUAUCUUAAUCUUGGGUUAGAUGGAGAAGGUUGUACAAUUGAUUUAACCGAUGAGCAAGGAAGGCUUCUUAAGAAGUUGCAAAAAAGCUCAUCAUGCGAGGCUUCUGUCGCUGUUUGGAGAUUGUUUGAUGUCAACGAAGUUAAUAAUCCCCGAAAGUAUGAACUAUCUAUUACUACACCAAAACAUGACGAUAUGCUUUCCCUGUCCCUUCAUUGGGACGAGAGUGAACUGCUAGAUUUACUAGGUGCCCUAAAGAAGAUCAGUAAAAUCAGUCUCAAUGUGAAAUCUAUCGAGAUACGGUGUAUGAGAGCCCCUGCUAGUUUGUUUGUCCUAGCCCAACUCUUAACAAUGUUUGAAAACCCAACGUUGAGUGCUAUGAACAGUCCUUUUGAGAUUUGGAUCGAAGCGAUGUGUAGAGAUAUUCCUUCUUCUGUGCCAUCGUUCGACAACGCUAUAAAACGGCGGCGGUUCCGAAAGCAAAUUGAGAAGAUCGACAGAUCGCGAUACAUUAUCAACCUGACAGUUAAUGGGCUCACAACAGCUAUAAAGAAAUUCGUUUGGCCACUAGUAACCCACUUCCCAACAUCCCUUAUAGAUCUAUACUACCCCAAUAUGGACAAGAUAGACUUUCUUGAUGACGUCAACUGGAUAGACCAAUUCACCCUCGGCUUAGAAUUAGACUACCAAAAGGACACUAUUGUUAGUUUAGGUGCCAGAACCGCGAAAGGUAAAGUUCUCCCAACUUGUAAAUACCUAACCAUCAUCACACGCCAAGUCCCAGAAUCUACCAACUUCUCGAAGGUUUAUGUCGUCAACCUUGAUGGAUAUCUACAACCCAAAUCUUCUAAUGAGACAGACAAUGUCUUAACUACCAAAAUAUUAUUAAGCAUUGAUGUUUUAGUAUCCUAUGCAGUCUUUGGUCUUAAUCAAACAGUGAAUACCCAGAUUUUGCGUAUAAUGAAUAUUCCGCGCGAUCACACUAUUGAUGAUGUUGUCUCUCUUGGCCUAAAUCUGAUUAAUUCCUACAACAACCAGGUUCAACGCAAUAAGGUAUCGAUUAAGUUAUGCCCACAACCACCUAAGGUUUUCAAACAGCUAAAUCAAUUCAAUUACCAACUCUUGGCACCCAAUAAGUCAAAACACAACUUUAACUUACUUACU